UUUAUCCACGGUCUCUCCGCUCUCAUCCAGCAGACUCUUUUUAAAGUCCGGCAUCAUAAGAUCUUAGUCAUGAUUCUCAUCGUAACUGUAGUCUUCUUCACAUCAGUAUGUGGAUUCACCUCAGCAAAGACCCCGACCUCCUGCCAACGCAGUUCCUUUGGGGAUAUGGAACUGAAUUAUUCCCUGCCCAUCCACCCUCCCUGUGGUGACUUCCGGCUGAGCAACGGUUCCAUGAUAAUCAAGAUCCCUAAAUUGAUCCCCAGACCACUGAUGAAGAGCUGCCGGAGGGACAACAUACCGGCUGGUUACCGAAUUUGCCGAAGGCCAGAUUGCCUUUCUGGACCAUGUAUGAAUGGAUGGUGUGAGGAGACGAUGGAAGCGUAUCUCUGUCACUGUCCAGAGGGAUUCUCCGGAAAAGACUGCUCAAUAGGUCCAGGUCCAGGCAUGUUUCUUAUUAAACCUCAUUCACCCAACAAGACAGACACCAGACCGACAACCGACCGAACAAAAAUGACCAUACAUCUGUCGGUCGGUAUUAACUCUGGAGUCAGUUUGGCGGUGUGA